AUGGCCAGCUAUUUUGGGUCUGGUGAUCAAGCUAUCGAUACUUUGUCUUGUUCAACGGGAAAACCUGCCAAGAAUAUCAUCAACAACACCCAUUUUGAGUGA